AUGGGUGUGCCGUUCGAAGCCCUGCUCCCUUACGGGAUUAUGAUCGGUCUUUUUGGCGUUACAGGAGUCGGCUUGUCCACGAUAAGAUACUACAACAACAACCAGAAGAGGCCGAGAUGGAACCUCGAUAUGUGGGAGAGGCAAAUGAUGGAACGUGACCAGAGAAUCACUGGCGUUUUCAGAGGGCAGUCCGAGGCUGUGGAAGCUCCUGCUGGAUUUGAAGUGAACAGCAGGUGGAAAGCCGAAACCCAGGUGUUGUGA